UUAAAUAUGAAAAAUAUGAUCUUCGUCAUAUAAAUUUCUCGCCUAAGGCCGAGAUGCACGUUAGUGGAAGUCUUAAUGCAUUACUUCCUUGGUCACCAAAAAUUGUAUUUUCAUCAGCAGUAAUACAAUUUUUUUCAUUAAUGAUGAUAUAUUCAUUUUGUAUAACGGCUCUUUGGAUGGUAUUUUGUACAUCAUAUUUGCUUACAUUCUAUGAUGAUACACGUAAAAUAUUUCAUACUUCACGAGUUUGGGCAAGAGUAAAGAAUGGUGUCAGAGAAAGAAUAGCAAUGUUUGGAGAUGAUUGGGAAAAUUUCUUUCAAAAAUACUUUGAUCAAUGGGAUGGUGUUGAUGGCAAUAAAAAUGGACAUCUUGGAGAUACAGAUUGGGAAGAUUGGUUAAAAAGUAGAAUGUUUAAAUUUAUGACAGCAGAGGAAAAUAAGUCGUCAAAAUUUUAUUGUUAUUGUUAUUAUUUGAGACAAUGA